AUGAUGGAUUUUGAUGAGCGUGGUCCCUGCUCCUCUAACAUGUAUUUGCCAAGUUGUACUUACUACGUCUCGGGUCCAGAUUUCUCCAGCCUCCCUUCUUUUUUGCCCCAGACCCCGUCUUCGCGCCCAAUGACAUACUCCUACUCCUCCAACCUGCCCCAGCAUGAUCCCGCUCGAGGCCAGCUCCAGGCUGGGGAGCCGGAGGUGGGCGCCUGUGGCCAACGCACCCGCAAAAAGCGCUGCCCUUACACCAAGUAUCAGAUCCGAGAGCUGGAGCGAGAGUUCUUCUUCAGCGUCUACAUUAACAAAGAGAAGCGCCUGCAACUGUCCCGCAUGCUCAACCUCACCGACCGUCAAGUCAAAAUCUGGUUUCAAAACAGAAGAAUGAAGGAAAAAAAGAUUAAUAGAGACCGGUUACAGUACUACUCAGCUAAUCCACUUCUCUAA